ACAUUUUUAUUCGUUCUUGUCACAUUAGUGUUGUGUAUUAAUUCAUUCAUAACAAUAAUAUAUAUCGUGUCUUUUUGUUUGUUAUUAUUUAAAUAGCAAAUAAUUUAACGCCAAAAUGACGCCCGUUAUCGUACAGGAUAAAGAGAAGGUGGAGUUAAAACGAGAAUUGGGAUUAUUCAGCGCCAUUAACAUGAUCAUCGCUGUUAUGAUUGGUUCAGGAAUAUUCGUCUCGCCAACCAGCGCCCUUGAGAGAUCAGGAUCGGUAGGAUUCUGCCUAAUAAUCUGGGCCCUGAGUGGAAUGGUAUCGUUGCUGGCGGCCCUCGGCUACGCGGAGCUUGGUACAGUGGUGCCUCGAUCAGGAGCAGAGUACAUUUACUUCGUCGAGGCGUUUACCCCGCUGCACCGAUACUUGGGUGAAAUUCCGGCGUUUCUCUGCUCUUGGGUCUUCGUAUUCGCGCUCCGUCCCGUAGAAGUGGCGGUGGUAGCUCUGACCUUCGCGGAGUACAUAGUGCAGCCGUUUUCCAGCUACAUUGUAAACGUGCCCGAAGAAUCGAUGCACAAGGUGAUACUGCUGCUGAGCAUCGCUGCCCUCGGACUGAUGACCUUUAUAAAUUUAACGAGCGUCAAGCUCUACGUGAAGGUCCAGAACAUCUUCACGAUGUGCAAGAUCGGCGUCUGCGUCCUCAUCAUCGGUGGUGGGCUGGUCUGGCUCGCAUCUGGCCGCACGGAUCUCCUUAACGAACCCUUCAAGGGCACGACCCGCUCCCCGGGUGAUAUCGCCCUCGCCUUCUACAGCGGCCUCUGGGCCUACGACGGCUGGACGGCGGCCUCGAUAGUCACCGAGGAGGUAAAACGGCCCGAGGUCAACAUCCUCAGAAGCAUCCUGAUAUCCGUUCCCGUAGUCACGCUGCUCUACGUCGCCGUCAACCUCAUGUACAUGUCCGUUCUUACGGUACCCGAAAUGUCCUCCGCUCCAGCGGUGGCCGUUCUCUGGGCCGAAAGAGCUCUCCCCCCUUGGCUGGGCUUCGCCAUACCCUUAGGGGUAGCCAUCGCCACCUUCGGCUGCGGUCUCAGCAUGCAGUUCGGGGUUUCGAGGCUCUGCUACGCCGCUGGGCAGCAGGGACACGUCCCGGAAGUCUUCAGCUUCAUCCACAUACAGAAGAUGACCCCCGCCGCAGCGGUGGCGCUCCAAGGGCUGAUCACCCUCGUAUUCAUCGUCUCCGGGGACGUGAUCGCCCUCAUAGAAUUCGCCAGCUUUCUCACCUGGUUUUUCUACGGACUCGCCAUGAUCGCCCUCAUCGUACUGCGUCGCACCAAACCCGACGCACCGAGGCCCUACAAAGUCCCGAUCGCCAUACCUUGGCUCGUCUUUUGCAUUUCGCUGUUCCUCUCGAUCAUGCCAAUCGUCAAGGAUCCAUCCCCCAAGUAUGCUUUUGCCGGGAUUUUCAUGCUCAUUGGAAUCGGGGUUCAUUACCCUUACGUCUACAAGAAGAGACACGACAAGUUUUUGGAUAAAUUCACCUAUGCAGUGCAAGUGUUGUGCCUAGUCGCUUCUCCGGAUAGAAAAGACUGAUUAAAAUAUUUUACAAAAAUCUGUAUUACUUGACGACCG